AUGUUCUUCCUCAAGUACCUCGAGCGCGAAAUCUCGCUACACCCUUCGUUUCUCGGAAACAAUAUCGCCGAGUUCCUGACGGAUAAACUGUAUGAUGAUAUGGAGGGGAGUUGCAACGGAGAAUACUACAUCAUAUGUAUCAUGGAUAUCUACAAUAUAUCUGCAGGAAAAGUGCGACCUGGCACUGGGAUAGCAGAGUUUACGAUAUUGUAUCGCGCGAUUUUAUGGAAACCUUUUAAGGGCGAAGCUCACUUACCUGCAGGGUUCAAAUAUAACCCCGAUGCGACUCCGGUCCAGUACGUUGGUACGGACGGAGCGAUUAUUGAGAAGGGCAGUGCGGUUCGGGUGCAGCUCAUGGGUCUGCGAACCGAUGUCAAUCAGCUGUUUGGCAUUGGCAAGAUGUCUGCUGGAUGGUUCGGGCCCAUAUAA